CCUGUUGGGCGCGGGGGUGGCUAACCCUUGCUCGCCCACCCCCGAGCCGCCUUUCUGGAAGAUGCCGCAUAAAGCGUAUCUCGCGCGUGCCAGGACUCGGCGAGGCUACGGAGAUUACCUGCCUUCGCCUCUCCAAGGAGGUAAUAAAUGUCGACGGUGCAGGAUUAUCUCCGAGACCAAUCAAUAGACGACUCCGCAAUACGUCCGCGAUGCUCGCCAAUAACUUUUGCCCUUAUUUUUGUAGAGAGGAGGACUUGAUGCACGGGGGUGGCGCGGGUAUUGGCGGGGGUUCUAUGGUCGGACAGAACUCAAUAUUUGGGUGCUCGGCUGCAGGACACAGCGGGGUUAACCAGCUCGGCGGUGUUUACGUCAAUGGCCGACCGCUGCCGGACUCCACAAGGCAGAAGAUCGUCGAGCUGGCCCACAGCGGGGCCAGACCGUGCGACAUAUCGCGCAUACUGCAGGUCAGCAACGGAUGCGUCUCCAAGAUCCUCGGCAGGUAUUACGAGACUGGCUCGAUCAAGCCGCGGGCGAUCGGUGGUAGCAAGCCACGGGUGGCGACAACACCUGUGGUCAACAAAAUCGCCGACUACAAACGAGAAUGUCCCUCGAUCUUCGCCUGGGAGAUUCGCGAUCGACUUUUGCAGGAGGGCGUUUGCAAUAACGACAAUAUACCCAGCGUGUCAUCUAUUAACAGGGUACUCAGGAACCUGGCCUCGCAAAAGGAGCAACAGGCGGCCGCGGUGCAAGCGCAUCAGGGCGCCGAGAGUGUCUACGAUAAGCUGAGAAUGUUCAACGGGCAGGCAGCAGGUUGGCCGCCUGCGUGGUACUCGGCAACACCUUCUCAUCAUCCCUUAGCCACGGGAAUUCCAACGGCGGCAACUCCUGGAUCCGGCCAAACUCUUCUGCCCGGCAGUCAGCUGCACGGACGCGACGAUUCUCUACUGAAGCGAAGUGACACUGGUUCUCUAUUGUCGCAUCAGCAGGAGACAACUUCGGACGGUAAUUCGGAACACAACUCCUCUGGCGACGAGGACUCGCAGGUGCGGUUGAGGUUGAAGAGGAAAUUGCAACGCAACCGAACUUCCUUCUCUAAUGAACAGAUAGACAGCCUCGAGAAAGAAUUCGAGCGGACACAUUACCCGGACGUGUUUGCACGGGAGCGUCUCGCCGAGAAGAUCGGAUUACCUGAGGCACGUAUCCAGGUGUGGUUCAGUAAUCGUAGGGCAAAGUGGCGUCGAGAGGAGAAAUUACGGAACCAGAGGAGGGCUGCCGUCGAUCAGGUGGUCGCCGGCGGCAACGGCGGGGGUAGCAGCGGCGCUGCGCCUUCCGCGGCCACCCCCGCUACACCACGGUUGCCCUUAAACGCCGGAUUCAACGCCAUGUAUUCGUCGAUACCGCAACCAAUCGCCACCAUGCCCGACACGUACAGCUCCAUGUCAAGCAGCCUGGGCGGCUCAAUGGGCGGAAGCUGUCUUCAACAACGUGCCGAAGGCUAUCCGGCAUACGUGUUCCAUGAGCCUCUUCAUUCGCUCACGCAGUCUUACUCUCACGCACACAGCGCGGCCGCAGCCGCGCACUCGCAACCCCAUCGCGGUAUCCCAACGUCUCACGGUGGUACUCCCGCAACGCCGGGAGGACAACCCACCGGACCAGGUGGAGCACCCUACCAGCCAACGACCUCGACCGCGACCGGAGUGAUAUCGGCGGGCGUCUCGGUGCCGGUGCAGAUUCCCUCGCAGACCCCAGAUCUGGCGGGUAACUAUUGGCCGAGGCUCCAGUGA